AUGAAUCCCAACCACCAUAAUUCUUGGUUCAAUUUUAUCCAAAAUGGUGGCAUCCCUCCUCUUAUUCCAAAUCAUCAAAAUAAUCCACAAUUUGGAAAUUAUCCAUAUCAUACAUCCCACUCUCCAUAUCAUACAUCACAUUCUCCAUAUCAAUAUCAACAAUUUUCAUCCCAAACAACUAAUCCCAUUAUGCCUCGUGAAGUUGGUAUUGGUACUAGUGGUGUGCAAUCAAAUGAUCAAGAGUCUGAAAUACCACAAUUUUGCACUCAAGAUAGUUUGAAAACUAUCAACCUUGAUGAAGAUGUUGGAACCACAUCGGUUGUAAAUAUACCGAAAACAAGAUUUCAACCAAAGGAGGAUGAGCUUCUCAUUCAGUCAUGGCUCAACGUUUCAAAGGAUCCAAUUGUUGGGGUUGAUCAAAAAGGAGACAGCUUUUGGAAGAGAAUUGGUGAAGCUUAUAAUAAACAUCGCGGCAAGAUUUUUCAAGAGAGGAAACCAUUGACAUUAAAAGGUCGAUGGCACAAAAAGAUUAACCCCUCUAUUAAUAAAUUUGUUGGGUGCUACAAGCAAGCCAUGAAUUUAAAAAAAAGUGGGAGCUCCGAGAGCAACAUCAUUUCAGCUGCAUAUGACAUUUAUUACCAAGAUGAGCGUGAAAAAUUUACAUUUGAGAGUGCAUGGAGAUUAUUGAAAGAUGAACCCAAAUGGCUUGCAGGUUCAUCAGAACCUUCUGCAAAAAGAACAAAGAAUUCGGCUUCUGGAGCAUAUUCUUCAUCUUCUAACCCUCCAACACCAACAAGCAACGAAGACAAUUCACCAUCACCUUCUUCGUUACGUAGACCAAUCGGUCAAAAGGCAGCAAAAAGAAAGGAGAAAGAAAAGCUAGUGGAAAGAUCAACAUCCGAUGUCAAAUUUAAUACUUUGCAAGAGGACUUCCAAAAGAAAAAUGAGUUGAUGUCACAAUUUGCACGUGAUUAUGCACGUAUUGAGAGUGAAAAAGUUGAGAUAGAGAAGAAAAGAAUCGAUGCAGAGAAACAUAAGGCUGAGAGAGAUAUGGUAAGAUUGAAGAUCAAUGAUUUGCAAAUACUUUCAAAAGAUACAUCAUACAUGGAUUCAAGACAAUUGCAAGCUCACGAGUUAUUAUGUGACGUGAUUAGAAGAGAAUAUGGGCUUAAUUAG